ACUCUGCCCCUGUCUGUCUCUUCUGUUGGCUGCUGAAUGCUCCAUAUAACGUUUCCAUAUCCCCACAGACUAUCACGGCUGCCUUUGAUCAUCCACUGGAAGUUUUAGCCAUUAUUAAAUUCCGAAAAAGGCAACCUAGCUACAGCACCGAUGACUAAACGCAACGGGGAAGACCCCAGAACUGGGAGCAGGAUGGAGCGGUUCCAACAAGGGAUACGCCAGCGCUCUGUGAUGGCAAAGAAGAAAAUGCAAAAUAUAACAAAAGAUGAUGUGAAAACGUUUUUCAGGAAAAAUGGCUUUGUGCUUUUCACUGUUAUUGCGGUUGUUGUUGGAAUAAUCUUGGGAUUUUCAGUCCGGUCAUAUCACAUGAGUUUUCGGGAGAUCAAAUACUUUUCCUUCCCAGGAGAGCUCCUAAUGAGAAUGCUCCAGAUGUUGGUCCUUCCACUUAUUGUAUCCAGUUUAGUUACAGGAAUGGCUGCUCUGGACAGCAAGGCUUCAGGAAAGAUGGGCUUAAGGGCUGUAGUAUACUACAUGACUACGACAGUGAUUGCAGUGAUCAUUGGAAUCAUAAUUGUAAUCAUUAUACAUCCAGGAAAAGGCACCAAAGAAAAAAUGCACAGGGAAGGAAAGAUCGAACCAGUUCAAGCUGCAGACGCUUUUCUUGAUUUGAUAAGAAAUAUGUUCCCUCCAAACAUGGUGGAAGCCUGUUUUAAACAGUUUAAGACCAAUUAUGAGAAGAAGCUCUUCAAGGUUCCCAUUCCAGAAAAUGAAUCUAUUGUCUCAGCAGUGAUAAAUAAUGUAUCCGAAGCCAUGGAAACACUCACCAAGAUGAGGGAGGAGAUAGUACCCAUUCCUGGUGCAGUUAAUGGAGUAAAUGCCCUUGGACUUGUUGUAUUCUCAAUGUGUUUUGGUCUUGUCAUCGGAAACAUGAAAGAACAAGGAAAAGCUUUAAAAGAUUUCUUUGAUUCCCUUAAUGAAGCAAUUAUGAGAUUGGUUGCCGUCAUUAUGUGGUAUGCUCCAAUUGGUAUCCUCUUUCUAAUUGCUGGUAAAAUUGCUGAGAUGGAAGAUAUGGGUGUGGUUGGUGGACAGCUUGGAAUGUACACGAUAACAGUUAUCAUUGGAUUACUCAUCCAUGCUAUUAUUGUUUUACCUUUGCUUUACUUUUUGGUAACACGCAAAAACCCUUGGGUUUUCAUUGGUGGGUUGAUACAAGCCUUAAUUACAGCACUGGGAACCUCCUCAAGUUCUGCUACUUUACCAGUCACAUUUAAAUGCUUGGAAGAGAACAACAAGGUGGACAAGCGCAUAACAAGAUUUGUUCUACCAGUGGGAGCUACAAUAAAUAUGGAUGGUACUGCGCUCUAUGAAGCUCUUGCUGCUAUUUUCAUUGCUCAAGUCAACAAUUAUGACCUGAAUUUUGGACAGAUAAUUACAAUCAGCAUCACAGCGACAGCUGCCAGUAUUGGAGCUGCAGGAAUACCCCAGGCAGGAUUGGUCACCAUGGUUAUUGUACUGACGUCAGUAGGAUUACCUACAGAAGAUAUCACCUUAAUCAUAGCAGUGGACUGGUUUUUGGACCGACUUCGUACAACAACAAAUGUGCUUGGAGAUUCUUUAGGAGCCGGAAUAGUGGAACACUUGUCUAGACAUGAGCUCAAAGGUUCUGAUCCUGAAAUGGGAAAUUCCGUUAUUGAGGAGAAUGAAAUGAAAAAACCAUAUCAGCUGAUCUCCCAAGAAAAUGAAGCUGAAAAACCGUUAGAUAGUGAAACCAAGAUGUAAAAGUGAAUUGAGAUUUUUUUUUUUUUAAUUGAUUGGAAACGCAUCCAUUCCAUUUAUUUUCUUUUGUUCAAACUACUGGUCAGAUCAUGAACAUUGAGAGAUCGAGAUUUAGCAGGUACCACGAUACCUGUUUACAUUUCAUUAAAACAAUGUAACAUUUAUCACGUUAUUCCUGCUACAGUAAAAAUAUUUUUUUACUGUUUUAGUCCAGCAGGAUGUGUUUAAAAAAAUGCCAUACUUUUACAUAUUUUUUGCUUUUUUAUGAGCUUGAAAAUCAUUCAGUAUGCCAGGGUGUGAUGUGAACACAUGAAAAUAUUCACAUUCAAAAUAUAAAUAUAAAUAUAAAGGGCAAGGACACACAAAGUAUUCUCAAGUUAUGAGACAUUCCUUUAUACUACUAUAAGAAAAAAUAUUCAUUACAUUUUAUUUUACUUCUUUAUUUUCUUUUUUACCCCACGAACCAUUAUGCUUGGCACUCUAAGUAAAAAGGAAAAUAGGAGAUUUGGCUGUUUUUUUCUGAUACUUCUCUGUAAUUUAUAGGAAAUCUGCUGUGUGUUCAUAAGGCUGCAAUAUAUUGUUUUUUCCUCUAGCCAUUUUAAUCAAAUCUUUCACCUUUUAGCUGUGAUGGUAUAAAUAUGCUAAUGUACACAUCUUUUAAUGGACAAAACUGUAGUUUGAAUAUUCACUUUGUUAAAAAGAUGUUUUAAAUCCCUUUGGUUUACACAAAAAUAGCAAAUCAGUUUAAAAAAUAUUUUAUAAAAUGGAAUAAACACCGUAACAGGUUUAUUAUAAACAUUAAAUGAGCAGGUCAUUGGUUGAUAACAUAAUAGAUAUAUAAUUUUUACCAGCAAUGCUCUUAUUUUUUUUAUUUUAUUUUUAAAGACCUGUAAAUUUUGUUUCCAAAACAUAUAAAUGAAGACAGUGCAUCACACAGGAUUGACAAUGUUCUUGUAGAGGAACUUUGGCGAGUGUCCUUAUUAUGCAAGGUUAUAUAUUUUAUACCCAUGGGAAGUCUGCCAACAAAGUUGCCAAAUAGGAAACUCAGCUCUAAAUAUAACUAACAUGGUGGAAAAUGGUCUACUGUACUGGGGUACUAUUUUACACUUUCAGGAAGGAAAAAUGAGGAAUUAAGAGAAGACCUAGAUUAAAAAUGUAUUCUUAGCACCAUUUCUUUGAGAGAAAAGAAAUCUUUGAAGCUCAAAUCAGGGGGGGGGGGGGGGUAAAGGCAUAGACUUGCUUUCUAGAAUAAUCAAUUCCAGUUAAGGAGAAUUACAUUAACAAGGAUGGGCAAAAAAAAAAUAUAUAUAUAUAUAUAAUAGAUGAGAAGGGAAAUGAAAUAAUGAAGAAGAAUUAGUGAAAAGAUGGAUGAUUGAGAAGGAAAAGAAAUAAGGCAAGUAUGGAUAGGAAGGUAGAAAAGAGGUAUGAAGGAAAAAAAGAGAAAAAAGGCUGAAGAGGAGAGAAUAUGAGGUAUGUAGAAGGGAAAAGGAUUAUAAAAGAAAGAAGAAAUAAGCAAUAAAUAAAAUUAGUCAGUUUAAACUCGACCAGGAAUAUCUUAUUCUGCUAUGAAGAAAGUAGCCUCCAGAUCUGAUCCUUGGGGGCCGUAUGCAGAUCAGAAUAUCAGGCUCUCUUGAAGACAGGUGACUCAAUCAGGUUCUUAUACUUUGUCACCUGUAAAAAGAUAAUGAAAAUCAGGUGUAUAUGCCCCAGAGAGGACUCAAAAGUUUAUUUUGUUUCCUGAGAAACAUAUUGCAAAUUUGAGGAACUCACAAUUAUUAUUGUUGUUUUAAUAAUCUUUGGUGGAAAAAGGUCCCCUGCCCCCCUUAUUAAUAAUAAAAUCACAGUAUUGAUGAUUUCAAUGUUAGAGGAAGCUAUUUUAUAUACUAACGUGAUUAGGGAUACAAUGAAAGCACAAACAUAAAAAAAACAUAAACAUGCUGUAAUGAUUAAAGACUCAGUAGGACACUAAUUGUCUUGAACCCAAAUGUAUUUGAAGAUGUGAAAGAAAGGUUAUUACUGUCCUGUGUAUAUAAAUGUGAGUGUGCAUAAAGCGGAGUUUUGUUUAUAAGUGCGCACUAAAUGUAAUCUAAGAAAUGGUUCUGUUUUCUAGAAUGUAUAAGUGCUACUUUUGAAGAUAAAAAAGGCAUUAAAACAGAAAGUUAUACAAUACAAACUUUUUAUUUUGCUAAUAUGAAUUUAGAAAAAAAAUGUUGUGAAAUAUAAUUAGAAAUAAUUUUUAUAAUAGAUGGAAUAUAAAUGUGUACAAAUCUUAACUUUAGUCUGUGCAAAGUAACAAAUAUAUUUUUUUUCUUGACCUGUGAAAAUUUUGUGACAAAGUCCUAAUGUCAAUAUUUGUCCACUAUAUGUUUCUGUAUAUGAAUUUUAACUAACUGUAUUUUUUCGUGAAUAUCAGGUACUGUAGAAAUAUUAUUUCCACAUCUUAUUCACUGGUUCAGCUUUUAGAUAAUCCCAGUGUGGGUUGGAAAAAAACUUGUAGGUGUAUUUUCAAUAAAAAAAUAGUUUAUAAAA